UCUCUUCUGCAGUCUUCCCCAAAUUAAAGAUUCAUUUUUUUUGAAACAAAAUUUACCAAAGAUUUGGACUUUUUGAUUAUAUGAUACAUUCAUGGACCAAUCUGUCUAAAAGGGUAAAUAUCAAAUGCUAAGAUCUGUGUCGAAUAAACUUACAGCUUUUCCGACAAGAAGCCAUGUUAGUUCCACUGCCUCUUCGAACUCAUGGACAACCAUAGUCCCUGCUCUGGCUCGGUUUGAUUCCAUCGGCGUAUUACGCGCUGCCGUUGAAUUGAUCAAUGACGGUGAAAAGCCAGAUGCUUCUCCACUUGUUCACUUGCUCCGCGUCUCCGGAAACUAUGGUUACGUUUCUUUGUGUCAGCAGCUUCAUGGUUACGUCAUCAAACAUGGGUUUGUCUCAGAUACGCGUGUUUCCAAUUCCCUGAUGAGGUCUUACAAGACAAGCGACUCGCUGGAAGAUGCUCACAAACUGUUUGAUGAAAUGCCUGAACCAGAUGUCAUUUCUUGGAACUCUUUGGUUUCUGGUUAUGUUCAAUCGGGAAGGUUCCAGGAAGGACUCUGUUUGUUUCUCGAGCUCCACAGAUCUGAUGUCUUCCCUAACGAAUUCUCUUUUACAGCCGCUUUAGCUGCUUGCUCACGGCUGCGUUUCAUGAGACUUGGAGCAUGCAUCCACUCCAAGAUUGUGAAGCUUGGCAUAGAAAAAGGAAAUGUCGUAGUGGGUAAUUGUCUAAUCGACAUGUACGGUAAAUGUGGUUGUAUGGAUGAUGCAGUCUUGGUAUUCCAACACAUGGAAGAAAAGGACACAGUUUCUUGGAAUGCCAUUGUUGCUUCCUGCUCAAGGAACGAUGAGCUCGAGCUGGGACUUUGGUUUUUCCACCAAAUGCCAAAUCCAGACACUGUAACGUACAACGAGAUCAUUGAUGCUUUCGUCAAGUCCAGAGAUUUCAAUAAUGCCUUUGAGGUUCUAUUAGAUAUGCCAAACCCUAAUUCAUCGUCAUGGAACACAAUAUUGACCGGUUAUGUCAACAGUGAGCAAUCAGGAGAAGCUACUGAGUUUUUCACAAAAAUGCAUUCGUCCGGAGUCAGAUUGGAUGAGUACAGCUUGUCAGUAGUUCUAGCUUCCAUCGCUACUCUCGCUGUGGUUCCAUGGGGAAGUCUUAUCCAUUCUUGUGCCCUCAAGCUUGGCCUAGACUCUCGAGUUGUUGUUGCAAGUGCUCUUGUAGACAUGUAUUCCAAAUGCGGCAUGUUGAAGGAUGCUGAGGUGAUUUUUUGGACUAUGCCUAGAAAGAAUCUAAUUGCAUGGAACGCAAUGAUCUCUGCAUAUGCUCGUAAUGGUGAUUCAACCGGGGCAAUCAAGCUCUUUAACCGAUUGAAACAAGAAAGAUUCAUGAAACCUGAUCGGUUCACAUUCUUGAAUCUCUUAGCUGUUUGCUCUCAUUGCGAAGUUCCAAUGGAAGUCACGCUUGGCUACUUUGAGAUGAUGGUCAACGAGUAUGGGAUAAAACCAAGCGUAGAGCAUUGCUGCUCUCUUAUCAGAGCUAUGGGGAAGAGAGGAGAGGUUUGGCAGGCAAAAAUGGUAAUUCAACAAUUCGGUUUUGGGUAUGAUGGUGUGACUUGGAGGGCAUUGCUUGGUGCCUGUGGUGUUCGAAAGGAUCUGAAAGCUGCAAAAGUAGUCGCCGCAAAGAUGAUAGAGUUAGGGGAUGCUGAUGAAGACGAGUAUGUAUACAUAGUGAUGUCGAAUCUUUAUGCUUACCAUGAGAGAUGGAGAGAAGUUAGUCAAAUUAGGAAGAUAAUGAGAGACAAGGGGAUUAAGAAAGAAGUCGGCUCUAGUUGGAUUCAAGGACAAAAUGUAGCAAUACAGCUUUAGAAUCCUUUAAGUUUGAGAUUUUGGUUAUUUAAACAUAAUGUUAAACUAGCCUUGGAAUCAAACAUGAGGCCAGAAUCUGGGAGAUGAAUCGAGUAAAAAGUUGAAAUUGCAUUACA